AGAGUGGCGGCUGGUUAGAAUUUUAACCACCCUUCAGCCUUAGCUCUUGGUCUAUUAGGCACACAUGGUGAAAAGUUAUGGAAAACCACCCAAGGUACUUAUUAGUUUUUCGUCUAAUUGGGAUUUGUAACUCAGCUUUUGAUCGAAGUAAAGGAUCGUAACGAGUUAUUACUGUAUUUACAACUUUUUGGCCGAGAGGGAAAUGGAAAAAAAGAGAUCAUUUAAAAUGGAUCCCUUGUCUCCAGGACCAUGCUUGGACAUAAGUGAUGAUGAUCUUGUAACUAUUUCUGUAAGAGAUUUAAAUCGUCAGUUAAAAAUGCGAGGCCUGUGUCGCGAAGAGAUAGUUCGUAUGAAACAGCGUAGGCGUACACUAAAAAACCGUGGAUAUGCUGCUAGCUGUCGUAUUAAGAGAAUUGAACAAAAGGACGAGCUUGAGUCAGAGAAGUCUGGAGAAUAUAAAGAACUUGAAAGGAUGCAAGAAGAUAAUGUUAGAUCAAGAAAAGAAAUUGAUACUGUACAUUCUAAGUACAUGGCUCUCAAGAAGUUUGCAGCUGAAAGAGAAAUGGUGAUUCCUCAUGAAUUGCAAAUUUUGUAAAGUUACCGAUUGAAAGAUCGGUUUUUAUUAAUAAUUUUAUUUGCUCAUAAAUAAUACAAGUCCUAUGUUAAUAAGAUUUUACUUAA